AUGAAAAAUCGAAAAACAACUAUUAAUUCAGCUACAUAUGAUUCUAUUUUAUUGAGUGAUGUCAAUGAAGUUAUCUCAAACAUAACCGAAAGAAUAACAGAUAUUACGAAAAAUGAACAUAGUUUCUUGAAACUAUGUAAAAAAUAUUUUUCUUAUACACCAGCUAAAGAAAUAAAGUUAGAAAAUCCUGAUCAGAUAGCAUACUAUAUUCCCAUACAAUGCAGUAUUCAACAAAUGUUUAAAAAACCUGAUGUUUUACCUAUGCUGAUCAAAAAUUUUAAUGAAAAUGUCAAUCGUAAUAUUAUGGAUACAGAUUUGAUGUUCAAUUUUCGUCAUGGAUUACUUGGGAAACAACAUACAGUAUUGAAAAAUAAACCUGAUGCAUUACUACUUCAACUCUAUAUAGACGAUAUCGGCUUGACUAACGCUAUAGGUGCCAAAAAAGAUACUCAAAAAGUUACUAUGAUAUAUUUUCAAUUAGAAGAUUUACCUGACACUAUUAAAUCAAUCUUAAAUUCAAUAGGAGUUAAAAAAAUUUUUGAUCCAAUAGUUAAAGAUCUAAAUGUUUUGCAAAUGAAUGGAAUUUUCAUUCCAACUCUUCAGACUCAUUUACAUUUUGUAUUUACAGUAGUAACUGGUGAUCAUUUAGCGUCCAAUGAUGUAGGAGGGUUCCAGAAAAUUUUCAAUACUGGAGAAUUCUGUAGACAUUGUCAUAUAAAUUAUAAUCAAAAACUUGUUCCUUUGAAUGAAAAUACUCAUCGUCGUCGAAUACAAGAUCAACAUAAUAAUUUUGUUCAACAAGUGACCAAUUUGAAUAAUAAUGUUACAUUACAUGGUGUUGUUGGUGCAAGUCCAUUGGUAAAUCUGAUAGGUUUUCAUGCUGUAACUUCUUUACCUAAUGAUCCUAUGCACGAUUUUAAUGAGGGUGUUUGUGGUCAAUUAAUAAUGGCUAUGUUGAAAGAAGCUUCAACAAAAAGACUCCUUACAUAU